AGCAAAACCCAGCGAGGUCAGCGAAAUUACACUCACGCUACCACACAGAGCCAACAAAACCCCCUCUUUUGCGCUCUUUUCAAAGCACAGCCUCCUCCACAAAUAUCUCUGCUCUAGCUGAUUUCUUGUUUCAAAGCUCAGCGAGCGGCGGAGAGAAAAAACCCACCCCAUAGCAGCCACGCCCAUCAGGGAAAGUCAUAAUGGUUGAUCAAGUUCAAUAUCCAACUGUCAUGCAGAAGGUAGCUGGUCAGCUCCUUCAUUCCAGUCUUCCCCAAGAUUUCCAUGGCUAUGAUGGGGCUUACAAGAGGCCUGCUCUUUAUCAAAGGCGUGCCUAUGGCAACUACUCCAAUGCUGCAUUCCAAUAUUCCAUGGUGCGGGGAUGUGGUGCUGCCACUGACCUAUCUAUUGUUCCAUCAACUGCAUCUACUGUUUGUGUCCAGGCUCCCUCUGAAAAAGGUUUUGCUAGCUUUGCUAUUGAUUUCCUUAUGGGCGGAGUGUCUGCUGCUGUAUCUAAGACAGCUGCUGCCCCAAUUGAGCGUGUUAAGCUAUUGAUUCAAAACCAAGAUGAGAUGAUUAAAAGUGGCAGACUCUCAGAACCCUACAAGGGCAUUGGUGAUUGUUUUAAGCGAACGAUGAAGGAUGAAGGGAUUGUUUCAUUGUGGAGAGGAAACACUGCCAAUGUCAUCCGCUACUUCCCUACUCAGGCCUUGAACUUUGCAUUCAAAGAUUACUUCAAGAGGCUCUUCAACUUUAAGAAAGACAGAGAUGGUUACUGGAAAUGGUUUGCUGGUAACUUGGCAUCAGGUGGUGCUGCUGGUGCUUCUUCCCUUCUCUUUGUCUACUCCCUAGACUAUGCCAGAACCCGUUUGGCCAAUGAUGCCAAGGCUGCAAAGAAGGGUGGAGAGAGGCAAUUCAAUGGGCUUAUUGAUGUCUAUAGAAAGACAAUGGCAUCUGACGGUAUUGCUGGGCUUUACCGUGGUUUUAACAUUUCUUGUGUUGGAAUCAUUGUUUAUCGUGGUCUGUAUUUCGGAAUGUACGAUUCUCUGAAGCCUGUUGUGUUGACUGGAAAGUUGCAGGAUAGUUUCUUUGCUAGCUUUGCCCUUGGUUGGCUCAUCACUAAUGGUGCUGGUCUUGCCUCCUAUCCCAUUGAUACUGUCCGUAGAAGAAUGAUGAUGACCUCUGGUGAAGCUGUCAAGUACAAGAGCUCUCUUGAUGCCUUUUCUCAGAUAUUGAAGAAUGAAGGUGCUAAGUCACUCUUCAAGGGUGCAGGAGCAAACAUUCUUCGAGCCGUUGCUGGUGCAGGUGUGCUUGCUGGUUAUGACAAGUUGCAGCUGAUCGUCUUCGGUAAGAAGUAUGGAUCUGGCGGUGCUUAAGUUGCUCUGAGGUUACUCCAUUUAGCUUUAGAUGUUGAUGAAAAUCUUCAGUUCCGAGAAUUUUGUACGGCGAAUUUUUCUUCAAAUAAUUCAUUUGUAGGGGGGACGUUGCUCCCCAAACCAAUUUUUACAUUCGGAUGGAGUUCAUUUAUCCCAUAAACCCGAUUUUUAUGAGUUGUGGCCAAUGCCACUACUGCUUUUUGAAGUUUAAUAUAAUUUAUGAUUUGGGGGA